UGCGUUUUUAUUUUAAUUAAAUUUGUAUUUUAACAGGAGAAACUGAUCAUCCAUUUGUUCUUUAAUUGUUUUGAUAUGUCAUAGUUUGAAUAUUUUAACAUCGGUUAUUCAUUGCAUUUGAGCACUGCAGUGGACCCAGCCCAGAGGAUGCUGUGCUAACAACAGCUGAGUCCCUUAUGAGGAACAGAGACCUACAUUAUGCUGAAAUGAAUUGGAAGGAGAAGAUUCUUGGACAUGAAUAACGUCACAUAGAGACGAUGAGGGUAUCAUGUAAAAUGUUCCCUAUGAAGAUGAAUCUACUUCUCUGCUUUUUUAUUUCACUACACGUGAUGCUAUCAGAUGAACGUUUGAUAGUGUCAGGAUCAAAUCGUUCUUUAUCUGCGUACGUUGGUCAGGACGUGACUCUGAACUGCUCUGUGGACUCUCACAUCCCACCUGAAGAAGUUUCAUGGAAGAAAAUAGAGAAGCAUGGAAACAUCCUGGUUCUGCUCUAUCAAAACAACAAGAUCCAUGCGGAAUCGUUAGAUGAUCGAUACAGAGACCGAGUUGAGUUCUUCACUGAUGAAAUCCACAGAGGAAACUUCUCUCUCAUACUGAAGAGAGUCCGAACGGAAGAUAAAGGAGUUUACAUGUGUCAAGUGUUUGCUGGUCCACUUACAGCCAACACAACUGUAACACUGCAACAACUGGGUAGGACCAUGGAACCAAUAAUAAAAAUAAUGCAUGAAGUCUCAAUUUACGCAUGGGUUGACAUUGUAAAGAUUCAAAUUGCUUCUCCAAAUCUGUUUGAACGAUAUGAAACUCAUAACAUGUUGACAUUUUCUUAAAGUUAAACAAGUAAGAGCAUAUCCAAAUUUAGCAUAGUGCUAUUAAUACAUUAAUUAAAAUAAAAUAACAACCUAAUGAUGUGGUCUUAAAGAUGUAAUCCGCAACUUGCCUCUAUAACAAUCUCUGUCAUGAUCCUGCCUCACCUUGUCAUGCUUUUCUAGUCUUGUGGCAGGAUCAUGACAGUCCCAGGUGUUUUAUGUGGAAGCACAUGGCCAUUGUUUGUUAUGAUGACCAUGUGCUCUCUCAUCAUGUCUUGACCCCGCACCCUCGUUUCCUCGUCUAGAUUCCCGCCUGUAAUUAUCCCCUGCACCUGCCUACUGUCAUUAUCCCUUGAUAGCUCCCCUAUUUAAAGCCCUUAUGUUUGCUGUCCUGUGCUAUAUCCUUUUGCAAUGUUUAUAUUCUUACUUUGUGUCCUGCGUCCUGUAGGCUGUCCUGACAAACUCCUGUCAAGGUUCCAAGUUUAAAUUUUGUUAAUCCUGGUCUAUCUUGUUUUGUGGUUUGGAUUUUUCUGGCAUUA